GUGAAUGGUUUCGCCCAUGGAGUCGCUCCAGUGCACCGCACACCACCAGACUUGAAGAACAGACAGAUUUCUUUUUUUGUUUGUUUGUGUGUGUGUGUAUAUGUUUGCUUAACAGUAUUUAGUGUUUUUCCUACUGAACAAAAACAGUAAUGCAUUCUUGAAAUCACUACGGUACUUUAUGGAUUCUGUGCGCUUUUGCUCGGACUCAUUGAAGCUAAGGAGCUGGGCUACCAGUGACUGGAAUUAAUAAGGCACCGGUACAAUCCUCAGAUGAUCCGUGGACUUGUUCUGAACCAUACUUUCCUCACACCCCAAGACAGAGACAACUAUCUGGUGUCAGAGUGUCCUCGGAGGGUGGCGUCAGUACCCUGCAGGGCUCAACUGCCUUGUUUGGCAGGACAUUUGGCCUACCUUCUCACACCUCCUCCCAGCUGCGGAGAUGCCCUCGCCUCCCAAUGAUGGAGAAUUCCCUUGUUUGCAUCUGACUUCCUCCUACCCAUAGUGCAACACACAGUCUAGAUAGGAUCGAGGAGCAUCCCCCAUGAACUUGCCAUCUGUGGGCUCCUACCAGGGGCAUGGCAAGAGGAAGGUGCAUACCAAAAAGAAGAAGGGUAUCAUCAGUGCCAAUGUUGCUGGUACCAAAUAUGAGAUUGUUCGGAUAGUCAUCAAUGAGAUGGACUUUCUGAAGACACGAGAUGAUGACGAGACUGCCAAUCUCAUCUGGAAUGAUUCUUCUGUACAGCAUGAAAAAAUUGCUGAGCUCAGGAAUUAUCAGAGAAUUAACCAUUUUCCGGGUAUGGGUGAAAUUUGCCGCAAAGACUGCUUAGCAAGAAACAUGUCAAAAAUGAUCAGGUGCCAAACUCAAGAAUACAGCUUUGUACCCAAAACCUGGAUUUUCCCCGCUGAGUACACACAGUUUCAAAAUUAUGUCAAGGAGUUGCGGCGGAAACGCAAGCAGAAGACGUUUAUUGUCAAACCAGCCAAUGGAGCCAUGGGUAUUGGGAUCUCACUUAUCCGUAACUGUGAGAAGCUGCCAGCCCAGGAGCACUUCAUUGUUCAGGAGUACUUGGAAAAACCUUUCCUGAUGGAGGGCUACAAGUUUGAUCUGCGCAUCUACAUUCUUGUCACUUCCUGUGACCCACUUCGCAUUUUCCUCUACAAUGACGGCCUGGUGCGCAUGGGCACAGAGAAGUAUCAUGCACCCAGCGAGGCCAACUUGAGCCAGCUCUACAUGCAUCUUACCAACUACUCAGUCAACAAACACAAUGAGAACUUCGAACGGGAUGAGACGGUGGACAAAGGCAGUAAAAGAUCCAUCAGCUGGUUUACAGAGUUUCUGCACACCAAUGGAUACGAUGUUGUCAAGUUCUGGGGUGACGUCUCUGAGCUGGUUGUGAAGACAUUGAUAGUGGCGGAGCCCCAUGUGCUGCACGCGUAUCGCAUGUGCAGGCCUGGCCAGCCACCGGGGAGCGACAGUGUCUGCUUUGAGGUCCUGGGCUUUGACAUAAUCCUGGACCGCAAACUCAAACCUUGGCUCCUGGAGAUCAAUCGAGCUCCAAGCUUUGGGACAGAUCAGAAGAUUGAUUUUGACGUGAAGAGAGGAGUUUUGCUCAAUGCUCUGAAACUACUCAACAUUAGAGCCAGUGAUAAGAAACGCAACCUAGCACAGCAAAAAGCAGAAGCCCAGAGGCGGCUGUAUGGGCACGGAUCCAUAAAGAAACUCUCAGCUGCGUCCUCAGACUGGGAAAGACAGCGUCACACCUUGGAGCGAAGGCGAGAAGAACUUAAAGAACGACUGGCGCAGGUCCGCAAGCAGAUCUGCAGGGAGGCACAUGAAAAACAACAUCUGGGCAACUACAGACGUAUUUACCCCCCAGACGACAAGCUGCUGUUGGAGAAGUAUGAAAGCCUGCUCUCUUCCGCCUUUCAGACCUUCCUCGCUGGGCGAGCUACUUCGCUUCAGAAGGAAAUGAAUAAUCCUCUGAAACAAAUGAAGGAGGAGGACAUCUUGGAUCUGCUGGAGCAAUGUGAACUAGAUGACGAGAAGCUGAUGGGCAAAUCCUCGAGACAACGUGGCCCUAAGCCCUUGAGCACUAUGGCUGAGUGCAGCCAGACAUUACCACGUCAACGACCAGACUACCUGGCUGACUUCACCAGCAGUAGCAGCGCUGAAAACUCCUGCUCGUCCUCAAAUGAAGAUGAGGAAGAGAAGAGAAAAGUAGAAGGGGAUACUCGAGGUGGAGAAAAGCGGGAGAAGAAAGUCUCUUACGACCUUGGAAGCAAGGAGAAGAUCUUGGCUGAACGCUCAGGUCGAAUGCACUGGAAACCAGCAGUCAAGCUGGUCAAAACUAGUCCGGCCUCUUCUGCUACUUCAACACUCUCUGGCCGAAUCAGACGGUCCAUCUCAUGCCCUCGCUCCAUCUCUUCCCUCUCGUCACCCAACGAAGUGCGAGCUCCGUCCACUAGGUCCUCUCCUAACGUUCCGGUCAUGGCUAUCCCUGUACGCCCGAGCUCUGCAACACUACGCUCUCAUUCAUUAAGCCGCAGUGGCUCUGCCCAUCGUGUGCCUCACAGCAACAGCCUGGGAGCCAUUCACUCCAAUAUUGGUGAUCCACUAAUUAACCUGAGGAGUAAAGAGCAGGAAGCAGCACUUACAUGUCAGACACUGACUGCGCUCACAUUCAUGAGGAUCCGAUUUCCCGGAAAAACGGAGGAGGAAGCGGAGGGAGUGUUGGAUGAGAUACUUGACAACUGGAAGUAUCAUAAACAAAAGGUAGCCUCUUACUGGCUUGUAAAGUUGGACUCCACUAAACAACGGAAGGUUUUAGACAUUGUGAGGACCAAUGUACGCUCAGCACUACAGCGGAUCUGGAAAGAGCCAGAAUUGGAAAGCCUCCACUUGUAUCGCCUCUUUAACCGUGUCUUCAACCGACUACUCUGGAGUCACGGCCAGGGCCUCUGGAACUGCUUCUCUAACUCUGGUUCAUCAUGGGAGAGCAUCUUCAGUAAGAGCAGUGAGGUGGUUUCGCCUCAGGAGCUGCAAUGCUGCCGCAGGCUGGUUCAGCUGUGCCGAGACUGUUUAUUGGUCGUUUACAAGUUUGUCUCUGAGUCCCGGGGCUCUUUGACCGGUCUCAGCCCAGAAUGGGACGACACCAGGUACUGGAACGCUGUUAGCAGGAGCUGCCUCACUGCUUUGUCUCGGUGGAAGGUGUCAUAGAAAAGUCUAAGAAAGCUACUGACGUCUGUGCCGCAGAAUGAUAGGUACAGUAUCUCCUGCCAGUGACCUCCCAGUUCAUCAUAAAGUGGCCUUCGUCCAGUUUUGGCCACAUCUCCUCGGCCGCACCACGCUCACGCAGUCUUUUUGCUGCCAGGAUGGGACACGUCUGAGGUCACCGUGGCUUUGGAGGCGUUGGCCUUUUGACUUCAGUCUGCUUCCUGUGACUUUCUCCCAAACUCCCAGUGUGGUUCUCGGCUUUUAAGAGCUCUGGACACACAAUGGAGACUAGAUUGUUGGCAAUUGCCCUGAGACAGAUCAACAAAAGCCAGGAGAUUUGGGACGACCAACGCUUCCAUUGAUAGUACAUUGGCACUGCCAUCCAAACCCCCUUAAUGUUGCCUUCACCCCAAUAACAUAAGACAGACCCUCCGCUCAUAUUGUAAUUGCUCUAUUUUAACAACUCGCUGUACAGCAACACCUUGUGGUACUGUAAGAGGAAAGAAUAUCAGUUAUUUAACAAUACAAGGAUUUUUAUUUAUGUACUGUAGUUACUUAUUUUGUCAUAUGUUCCACGCAUGCAGUGAUUGCUGACGCAGAACACAGCCAUGGAAUGAUACCCACAAAUUUAUUUAUUUUUGCUAUUUCCUUUGCAUACUCACAAGGAAUUGAGAUAGCUUUUAAAAAUCUUUUUAUUAAAUUAUUUAUGUUUAUAGUGUUUUAAGAUCUAGUUUACAUAACCCUUCCAUUUAAAAAAAUAAGUUUCACACCUCAUUUAAAGGUUAUUGAGUGCAGACUUUCUAAAGAAUGUUUAGAAUGUAAGUGUAUUGCCACAUAGAGAACAUGAUGAACCAACAUCUUGCAAGAGCACUUUGUUCUAAAUAGAGUAAAAACAUUGCAGAAAUGCUUGCAUGCCUUGGCUUUUUACCUGUGAGACAGGUGUAUUGGAACAGUUUUCAAAGUUGCAUCUAGUUGUCCAAACACUGCCCUUUAAAAUGUUAUUAGCGGAUACAGGAUACGAUGAUCAAAGAUGUGCUUUUUCCAUCACUCUGAGAUUAUUUGUGUGCAGCACAUUGAUUGGUUAGGACCCUCAGCCUGAACACUGAGAGCAUGGAUGUGCCAGUAAAAAGCUCAUCUACAUACUUCAUUUAUGCUAAUGUUAAUAUUUCACUAAGCACCCUAGGACUUGUUAAGGACAGUGGAGUAAAAAACAAACAAAAAAAAAGUAUUGUUUGGGAGAAAAGUGGUGUUAUGUGUUAAGUACUUUAGUGGCUCUCUGCAGAAAAAAAUGUCAUGACUAAUUUGGUGUGCCAAAAACUAUACAGCAACAAUCCCAUUUAAAACUGCUAACAAAGUAACUUCCCCUUACAUAUGUACUGAACAUCAAUUUACAAUACCAAAAUAUAGAUUUUUUGAUGUUAUUAAAUUACACAUUACUUUGAAGGCAUUUUUUUCAAUGGAGGAAUGGGAUUUUUUUUGUUAUUCAGCAAUAAAAGAUUCAAACAAGACAAUUGCUCCAACGUUGUAUUUUGCUCUCCUUGAGCUGAAUUGAAUUGGUAAAGGGAAAUUAUUAAUGUUUUUGCUAAGGUAUCCAAAAUGUACAAAAUAUCUCUGUAUAAUUACUGUAUGUGCAGUUCAACACCACUAAUGCAAACUAAAGCCACAAUAAUGAUUGCUUUAUUACUCUAUUGGGCACCUAACGCCUCUUUGAUGUGAUAGAACUCUCCAUCCUUUGUACAAUUGUCAAAAAAAGUUUAAUCAUUUCCAGAUUACAAGCAGCCUUUAAUAAUCCGUGACUGUUCCCGCAAUGUCUUUAUGUCUCGAUUGUUUGUCAUCAAUGUCAUACAAGAGCACUUACAACUACCAGAGACGAGAAUAAAGAUGAUUCUGAUUCUAAUACUGAAGGGGGGAAAAAAAUGAACUACGGUACAAGGAAUGGAUU